UCACCUAUCCAAACAGAUAAGGCCCCGCGCGCGCGCAAACCAAAGCCUCUCCAUGGACACCACCGCGUCAUGGCGCCUCCUCCCCCCGGCCGCCUCCUCGCCGCCGCCCAGGAGGCAGGCGGCUCUUCUCCGGCGCCACCCGGCGGCCACCACCACCUCCUCCUCCUCCGGCAAGCGGACGACGAGGCUCCUCUGCCUCCUCCAUGACACGCCUCCUCCUGCACCGCCGCCCGCCGCUGACGAGAUCAGCUCGCCGCCGCUGCGGAAGCUGGCCGCGGCGCUGCAGUGCGGUGCCAUCUGGGCAGCGGUUGAGGCCCCGGCGGCGCUGGCGGUGACGGGCGAGGAGGACCUCGACAUCCUGGGGAUCCUGCCGACGGUGGCCGCCAUCGCCUUCGUUUACCUGUUCGUCUUCCCGCCGAUUAUCAUGAACUGGAUGAGGCUGAGGUGGUUCAAGCGCAAGUUCGUCGAGACGUACCUGCAGUUCAUGUUCACCUACCUCUUCUUCCCCGGGAUGAUGUUGUGGGCACCAUUCGUCAACUUCAGGAAGUUCCCAAGGGAUCCAACCAUGAAGUACCCUUGGUCCAAGCCAAAGGAAGGCACACCGUUGUUCAAGGACAGAUACCCACCUAUAGAAACCUACAAGUGAUCAGAAGUACUAGACCGUAUUCUUUUCGAAAAAAAAUAGCAUUUCUUUGCAUGGAUUUGUAAAACAUGCAUGGUGCCACAAUCUUCUUGGAUGUAUCGAGAGCAAAGUGAGAUCUCACAUAAAAGAAAGGGAAAUGAUAAUGAUGCAAUAUUACACUAGCCCAGGCACCGAAGCAUAUGUUGUGCUUGGGAAAAGGUUGCUAGAUAAGUUGCAGGUGUUGGCAAAAUCUAGUACUGGAGUAGCAGCCUGUCUUUCUGUUUCACAGUUAA